AUGGCACGCAAGACGUACAACAUCGCCAUGGUGAGCGACUUCUUCUUCCCGCAACCGGGAGGAGUAGAGUCUCAUAUCUACCAGCUCUCGAGCAAGCUCAUCGACCGCGGGCACAAGGUCAUCAUCAUCACGCACGCGCACGACGACCGCAAGGGGGUGCGCUACCUGACCAACGGUCUCAAGGUCUACCACGUUCCCUUCCUCGUCAUCUACCGACAGACCACCUUCCCGACCGUCUUCUCCUUCUUCCCCAUCUUCCGCAACAUCUGCAUCCGCGAGCGCAUCGAGAUCGUCCACGGCCACGGCAGCCUGAGCAGCCUGUGCCACGAGGGCAUCCUGCACGCCCGCACCAUGGGCCUGCGCACCGUCUUCACCGAUCACUCCCUCUUCGGCUUCGCCGACGCCGCCAGCAUCCUCACAAACAAGCUGCUCAAGUUCAGUCUCAGUGACGUAGACCACAGCAUCUGCGUCAGUCAUACGUGCAAGGAAAACACGGUGCUACGAGCAUCCCUAGACCCUCUCAUGGUAUCCGUCAUACCAAAUGCCAUCGUGGCCGACUCGUUCAGGCCAAGAGACUAUCCCCCACCCACCACCACCACGUCAACAUCCGAGCAGCAGGCAACCGGCAGCUUCGCACCAGACCGGUCGCCCGUGCGCCUAGGACCGCGCGACAUGAUCACCAUAGUCGUCAUCUCGCGGCUCUUCUACAACAAGGGCACCGACUUGCUCACGGCGGCCAUCCCCCGGAUCCUGGAGGAGCACCCGUACACGCGCUUCAUCAUCGCGGGGUCGGGCCCGACGGCCAUCGACCUGGAGCAGAUGAUCGAGACCAACGUCCUCCAGGACCGCGUGGAGAUGCUCGGCCCCAUCCGGCAUGAGGAGGUGCGCGACGUCAUGACCCGCGGGCACAUCUACCUGCACCCGUCGUUGACCGAGGCCUUUGGCACCGUCAUCGUCGAGGCGGCCUCGUGCGGCCUGUACGUGGUGGCCACCCAGGUCGGCGGCAUCCCCGAGGUCCUCCCCUCGCACAUGACCACGUUUGCCAAGCCGGAGGAGGACGACCUCGUCGCCGCCGCCGGCAAGGCCAUAACCGCCAUGCGCGCCGGCCGCGUCCGCACCGAGCGCUUCCACGACCAGGUCCGCAAGAUGUACUCGUGGGCCAACGUCGCCAUGCGCACCGAGCGCGUCUACGACGGCAUCACCGGCACCAUCUCCGAGGCCGACUUCUACGGCUUCGACACGGGUGGCUACAACGGCAGCCGUGUCCGCGACUUCGCCCUCGUCGACCGCCUCAAGCGCUACUACGGCUGCGGCAUCUGGGCAGGAAAGCUCUUCUGCCUCUGCGUCGUCGUCGACUACAUCUUCUUCCUCCUGCUCGAGCUUCUCUUCCCCCGCGACACCAUAGACGUGUGUCCCGACUGGCCCAGGAAGGUGCCCCCCGGUGACGAGGCUAGAGGCUCCAAGAAGAGCAGCAGCAAUAACCACUCCACAUCGUCGUUGGGCCAGACAUCCAAUCUUGCCUCCACAAAGGAAUAG